AUGACAGUCUUGUAUCACGAUCGUCGUGCUCUUGCUCGUCCUGACUUUGGCAAACCAUCUCGCCGUAUCAGCCGUUUCAUAAUCGAACAAAUAAAGCUCUCUGGAUCACUAUGUGUUUGCCGUGAUGUGAUUCGCUUGUACGCAAUUCUCGACAAGCUACCGCCUACACAUGAUACUACACUGAUCGCCGCUGGACCCACGUGCCGUGAGGCCGUAUCUUUAUGCAUCGAUAUGGCAUCAAUUGGCCAAGUGCUCAUUAUUGAAGAAGCGUACAACUUACCAGGUUCAGAGACUGUUAUCAAUGAAGCAUAUCGAUUUUCACCGUCGACAGAAUAUGAAGGUCACAUGUUCUUCCAUAGGCUGGCUUUGCAACAUGAUCGCGAUUGUCCGGUCUACAGAAAAUAUAUACAUCAUUACGCUUCUCUCACGUUGGCCAGUAUAGCUACGAUGGAAAUCGAGCGAAAGAGGUUCGGGAUGGCUUUAUAUUAUUUUGACCAAGCAGCGGCUGCUCGACUACAACAUGAAUCAGGUAAGUGCUUGCACGCUCUCUAUAGAGCGUCAAUGCUCAUAAACUACAGUUUCUAUAGGACAACUGCCACUCGAUAUCUACACAAUGCAAGCAAUGAUUCGCUGCAUGCUUUAUUCCGUUGUGAGGAACAAAGACUAUUUGCACGCCGCUCUAGAAGAUUUGAAAAAAGUGAAAUCAGGGUGCAUUGCUGAGGCUCAGGAUCCUCCUUAUGUUGUUUUCCUCACUCUAUUCUGUGUCUAUGACUCCCUGGAACGUUACACCUUGGCACUUGACUCUAUGAAUCAAGCACUUCUAAUUCCGUGUGAAGAUGCAAACAAAAGGCAGCAACUGCCGAUCUAUUGUGCUCGUGGAUACGUGUGCAGAAAACUAGAACUGUGGGAAACUGCACUGGAGAGUUUCGAACGCGCACUGCAACUGUGCCCUCCAUGCAACGGUGUUCAACGAGCUAAAGUUCAUACGUAUCUAGGUUGUAC